UAUUAUGUUAUACGUAUGCUCGCGCUUUAUGAAAACGUUGGGUUUUUUUGUCCCCAACACUUCGCCGUAAUUCUGCCGUCAAGUGCCGCUGAUUGUCGCAGUCUUCAUUUCAGCAGCAGAGGUCACAACAAACCGUUCAGCAUGGGAGGUGAUCACGGCCACAGCAAGAUGUCCAUGCCGGACUGGCGGCAGUGGAAGGUGGAAGGAACCCCGCUGGAGUUCACGCAGCAGCGAUUGGCAGCCAGGGGCCUCAAAGACCCGUGGGCACGCAACGAGGCAUGGAGGUAUUCGGGCGGCUUCGCGCGCGCGGUCACUCUGUCGGAAGUUCUCUUCCGAGGAUUUAAAUGGGGCUUCGCUGCGUUCACUGUUGCUCUGGCAAUAGAGUACACCAUGUUUCCCCCAAAGAAAGGAGGACACUGAUUCUCCUCCUUGGAGCCAGCAUUAUGUAAUUUGAUUUUAUGAUGAUCUGUAUUUUCAGUUUAAUAAAGCUUCUUUUGAUCCCCUCCAUA